AUGAGAUGUGAACUGAACAACAAACGGACUAGUAGCCAUUAUGAGCGGAUGAAGAGGAAAGAUCACAAAGCCACUACAUCCCCUCUGGAGAGUAGCAACAGCAGAAGAAAGCUAAACAUUUACAUUUCCUGUUUGGAGGCAGCGUGGAGCCAUGUUGGUGUGUGUUGGUGUGUAAUUUGGAGCACAUGGGGGGCAUUACUGGAGGAGCUGGAGAGGCCAAGAACUACAAAAAGCAGCUCUCAGACUGUGCCCAUGGAAGAAGAUCCAAGAAAUGAGGAAGACAUAGAGGAUGAUGUCCUUUGCAAUCCACUCAUGCGGGGCACAGGGACAAGGCAACAGCCUUUUGUCACCAGGGUCAGCCUGAUGUUCACUCCUAGGAAUGACAACGGAAGGGAUGACAGCAUGUCCAGCUCUUCCCUGAGUAGUAUUGAACCGAGGAAGCAACAGCGCCAGGACUCCACUUCUCAGCAGCCGAACGCCCAGCCGACGGAAAAUCCACACAUCCUUCUCAUGUUAUUGCACCAGAAGGAUCUGGAAAUCAAGGGGCUGAAAAGUACCGCUCAGAGGGAUCCAUCUGAUCGGCUUGGCUGUAUUUUGCAGGAGCUUGUAAAGUCAAGGCAGAAAGGAUCAUUGAAGAGAAGUCCAAAUCAGGAACAGCUUCAAAAAGAAGUAGAACAACUGAACUCUGAACUGGCAGCAAUCAAGAAGAGCCACAUGAAGGAGAUGCAACAGCUGGAAGAUAAACUCAUGAAAUCGCAGCUGCUUGUCCUGCACUUGCAGGAGACAGUGAAAAGCCUUUCAGCAAAAUCAGAUGAUGAUUCAUGCUCAGAGUCUAGCAUUUCAGUGGAUGAAGGCACACAAUUAGCACGUGAGAGCUUUGAGCUCUGGUCAGAGUCGGGAACCAAGAUAUUUCCAGAAAGAAGCGAUUUAACACUUCGAAGAAUCCCAAAGCAUAUUAGCUUUGUGGAUGCCUUUCACAAGUUUGGAAGUCUCUCAUCAUCUGAUGAGGACAAAGAUGAUGAAGUAAUCAGUAGUAUAGGAUCAGUUAUUGGAAAAGCACACGUCUGUGGCACCACAGAGGAAAGUUCACUGGAAAGCUCACUACCAGAGAGUAAGCAGCUUUCUGAACAAUCCUCAGCUAUUCUCACCUCUCCAAAAUCAGAUCCUGCUUCAACAUCUACUGAUACCAAGACGACAGAAUCAUCUUCAAGUUUGCCAUCAUCAGUGGAGAAAGAUCAGCCUGGGUAUUCUGUAGACUUGAGUCAUACCCUGGAUUCUUUAAGCUCCGCUCUGCCGAGUCUUACUCUUGGACAUCCUGCAGAAGGGGAAGAACAAUGGGUGCCCUUUGUCCAUGGCACAUCCAUCUACCAUACAGAAGAACGCAAAAGGUUUCCUGCUGUAACAGACUCUGUUAAAAUUGUCGGUGUGCAUCGUAAGGGAAAAUUUGUCCGAAUCCUCAACGCUUUGUUCAACAAGGAAGUAGACCUAAGUGGCUACAUCAUCCAGCAGUGGGUUGGAGGGUGCCCAGUGUCUAUCUACCGCUUCCCAAACGGCACCAUUCUUCCUGCACAUCAUCACAUCACUGUUUGGGCUGCUGGGGCCAACCUUCCUGGGAAGAAAUCUUCAGACAAGGCAGACCUAUGGAAGUUUUUCAAAGCAGGCCCAGAAUGCACUACCAUCCUCUGUGAUUGCCAUGGCCAGACUGUGUCACAAUAUGUAGCCCCUCACAGAUUCACAGCAGCUGCAGAGGCCUACAACGAUAACGUGGACCUUUCAGUGGACAAGUUUCCACUCUAUGAAGAUGAGGAGAAACAUGACGUGUCACCGUCCUCAAGGACAGUUGUGCCCUCACAAAAAGGAAAUUUGAUUAGCACCUCAAACAUCAUGAUGCAGAGAAGGCACACAAGACUCUUUUCUGUGGAUUCCUCAAGCAGUAGAAUGUGGAAUGGUCGUUCCAUGGUAAUCAAGAGAAGCAGCAGUUCAAGUAGUGAGGCUAUUGGCUCAAAGCCCACCUCUCCAAAAUCCUUACCUCCACUGUCGGUGGUCAAAGAAAGCCAUUCUUCAAUCAGUGAGGAAGGUUAUUUUGCUUGUCCGACAUGGCAGCCUUUUCUUGAGGAACCAAAAGCUAGAGAGUUCAAGACUACAUUGGAUACUACGCUUCCCAUGGUGGCCCUGAUAGGACAGAAGAGUGCUCGCUCAAAAUAUGGUUUCAAGCACAUGACUUACGUCCCCACCACCACUGACCUGCAUCUAAGGCGGUACUGUCCUGUUACAUGAUAUGCUGAUGAAUAAUGGAAAAGGAGGUUCAUGUUACUUCUUUAAAUACACAGCACAACACAACACAACACUGUGGUUUCUUUGACAGGUAUCU